UGCUAAUAAAUUAGCAAAUAAAGGAAAAUCUUAUUCUCACCAAGAAAAAAUGAAAUUCGUACUUGCAAUUUUGGCUGUAUGCCUUUUAACUGUCAAUGGUGCAGUUGUGAACUAUGAAGGUCUCGUAAAUGAUAUGAUCAAUGAUGCUAAGAAUUCAGCUAUACAAACUGGAGUUGCAUUGGAACAUCAAUAUGAAAACAUUGUUGUAGAUCCUUUGCAUCAAGUUGAGGAAGCCGUUGAUAGUAUUGAGUCCCGUCGUGAAGAGAGCGAUACCUGUGUAGCUGCUGAGAAUGAAGUAGUUGAGGCUGUUGUCAACACCAUGCAUGAUGAAAUGAAUGUAUGCGGUAUUGUCGCUGCUAAAACUUCUGCUGAAAUAAUGAUUGACGUUAAUGCUGCUACUCAACAAAUUGUUUUCGAUGGCAUAGACGUUGCAAGAACUUACCAAAAAUGCAGAAACUACAAGAAUCCAGUACUUAAAAACUCCUGCUAUGUUAAGUUGUCAGUUAAGGGUGGCUUAUACAUGAAGAAUGCACGCAAAUCCAUGAAAGUCAUUAAUGACAGCAAAAACGUGCGUGUACCAGCUGUAUUCACAGAUGCUGACUCCUGCACCCAUGUUGCUUCCGAUAAGGCCGUCGAGGAUUUGAAUAAUGUACACACCAGUAUUGACAGUUGUAUUGUUAAAAUGACUGCUUAAUCUGUUUGAUUUGUCAUAAUAAAUUAAUUUGAUAGCGAA